CCAAAUACUUAUGCAGAUUGCAGCAUUCUUUUUUAGCAAUUAACUAAGGAACUAGUUUUCUUGUGUUGCAAGAUGCUGAGUGUGAUUCGAGGAAAACUCGGCCGGCUUUGUUCCAAGAUAUGGUGGACUCUAUGGAAGCGUCCGAGGUCUAAAGUUGUUAUCAGAAGAUUCAGGAAACUGAGCUGCAAGAGUCAAUCAAGAGCAGAACUUUGGAAGUGUGACAAGAAAGCUACAAUACACUCAAAUGGUGGCGAAGCUGGAAGGCCGAUUCGUGUGGCGACAUUCAAUGUUGCCAUGUUUUCUCUUGCUCCUGCAGUCUCAGAAUUGGAUCAUGGACAAGGAGGAUCCAACAGGAAGAAUUCCAAAAUGGUUGAAUUUCCAAAGAGUAUACUAAAGCAAUCUCCAUUGCAUUGUGAUAGCAAGAUUGUUCCAAGAUCAAACUUGAAGGUUUCAAUUAAUCUUCCUGAUAAUGAGAUCUCAUUGGCAAACAGUAGAUUGCUUGCAUCAAUGAGGGAAAAAGAAGGGACAAGCGUUCCUGCUCGCUCCCCGGUGUGCUUUCCUUUCCUUAUGAAUCAGUAUGAGGGCAUUGACAAGUUGACAAGCAGCAGAAGCAUUCUAGAAGUUCUCCAGGAGAUCGACGCGGAUGUGGUGGCACUGCAGGAUGUGAAGGCUGAGGAAGAGAAAGGGAUGAGGCCUCUCUCUGAUUUGGCAGGUGCCUUGGGGAUGAAGUAUGUGUUUGCUGAGAGUUGGGCACCAGAAUUUGGAAAUGCCAUCUUAUCCAAAUGGCCUAUUAAGAGGUGCAGAGUUCAGAAGAUUGCUGAUGAUGAAGAUUUCAGGAAUGUGUUGAAGGCCACAAUUGAUGUGCCAUGGGCAGGGGAAAUCAAUUUCCACUCUACUCAACUUGAUCAUUUGGAUGAGACUUGGAGAAUGAAGCAAGUCCAUGCCAUAAUCCAUUCCAAUGACCCUCCUCACAUCUUGGCAGGAGGUCUCAAUUCUCUUUGUGGAGCUGAUUACUCGUCUGAGCGAUGGAAUGAUAUUGUUAAGUACUAUGAGAAGCUAGGAAAGCCAAGACCAAAGACAGAUGUGAUGAACUUGAUGAAGUCAAAAGACUAUGUUGAUGCAAAGGACUAUGCAGGCGAAUGCGAACCCAUCGUCAUCAUCGCCAAAGGCCAAAAUGUGCAGGGGACAUGUAAGUAUGGAACAAGGGUGGAUUACAUUUUGGCUUCGCCUAAUUCGCCAUACAAAUAUGUUCCAGGUUCAUACUCAGUGAUUUCUUCAAAGGGAACUUCUGAUCACCACAUUGUGAAGGUGGACAUUGUGAAAAUGAACACUUUUGCUCACAGACAAUGCAAGAAGCUAAAGAAUAAGGUUGUGAGAAUAAGAACACCGCCUUGUUCUGCUUCUGCAACUGAUGUAUGCAAAUCAGCACCAUCAUACUUGAUUGAAACCAAGCCACAAAUUUGAUAUAACAUUCUGCUA